AUGGCGGGCAACGAUGAAAAUUACUCAGCCGAGCUCCGCAACGCCACAGCGGCGAUGAAGAGCCAGGUCGCCCGAUUCAAUGACCUAAGAUUCGUCGGGAGGUCGGGAAGAGGUAAGGGCGGCAUAUUAUAA